AUGAUAGUAAAGAAAAAUGAAGGUAAGUAUGCUGGUAAUGAAGAUUAAGCUAAGGUUGCUCUUCUAUAGUACCUUGAUUUAAACUACUCGAAUUGGUUUUUAUCAACCUCAAGCAAUCAGAUAUAAAUUGAUAUCCCAAAAUACAAAAAUAAAUUGUCUGAAUCCAAUGAAGAAAAAGCUUUUCUUUUGGAGAAAGAUACUAAAUGGAGAUAGAUAAACCUUAGUGUAAAAAACGAGUAGAUAUUCAUAGAGUAUUAGCAAAGUUUACUACUGAUAAAACAGAAUACCAAAUAGAAAAGAGAAUCAGAUGUAGUUCGCAUUCCUAUUGAUCAAAUUAGUAGAAUCAGCAGGAUUUAAAUUGUACAUAAUAGACAAGCUAUUACUGUAGAGUAUAGCAAGAGUUAGUAUCAGAUAGGUUUCAAUGGUUCAGAAAGCUGUUAUAAGUGGAAAAAUAUGCUUAAAAAGGAGUAUAACAGAGUUAAAUAUCAGAAAAUGCAUCUAAUCAAAUUUGGAAAUUAAGAACUGAGCUAAAGUGAAAUAAUACCUUUGUAUACGGAUAUGAUAGAUGAUGAUAGAAAAUUUAUGAAUGAGAAAAAAGCUAGGACUAUAAUGUCAAAGAUUGAAUCUGAUAGGAAAACUGAAGAUUCAUAGAUGAGUGAGAAAUCAUCUGAUGGUGUUUUUGAAACUGAUAUGAGUGUUAGAUAAAGUUAUGAAAUGUUUGGAAGUAAUAGGUUAAAUAAAUUACUCACAGUUACUAGUUAGAAUGAUGAGCUUUUUGAGGAAGCUAAGACAUUAAAUAAAGAUAUAAAGCAAGGAUUAGAGUAGUACCCAUACCAUAGAUCAAUGAAAAGCUUAAACACAACUACAAACAGUCGACUAUAUUUUACUUCUAAUGAUAAAUCACAAUAAAACUUCUAGGGUAUUAUUAUAACCUAUAAUGUUGCUAAUAUUUUAAUAGAGGAAUUGAAAGAAGGCUAGAUUGGCAAUCUCAAAAUAAUUAACGAAAAUUUAUAAGAAGUACCUCAGAAUAUUUAAGAACUUAUUAAAAAUCUUAAAAAUAUUGACCACCCUAUGUCUGAUGACCCUAAGAAUAAAUUGCUUUAUGAAAAGAAAAUCGAUUAGAAUGCUAGAUAUGCAUAAACUCUGGGACUUGACUAUAAAAUCCAUAGAGAUCUUAGCUAAUUAAGAGGGACAAUCACUCUAGCUUUAUCAAAGUGA